AUGGCCAAUAGUACAGCUGAUGUUACUGCGGUCAACUCUGGUGGGGAUGCUGAGUCUGAUAUGCCAUUAGAGCCACCGGAUUAUGACGUGGUUGGCGGUGGUACAAUAGAGGAGCUUGAAAUGGAAAAUGAACUUUUUGAUGAUGCUACUACGAGGUCUACUGCUGGUGUCCGGGAGUCUUAUGUCUCUCGGGCCACGAUAAUGACAAAGAAGUUCAUCUAUGUUAUCAAUAGAACGGUGAUAUCACCUGUUAGUCGGAUGGUUGACCCUGUGUUUGAAGUGUACCGUUUGGCAUCGCAAUACUACGAGUCAUGGGUCCUUAAAAUAGGUAACCCCUUGGUGGUUAAUCGAUUGCUUUAUGUGUUUAUGCUUAUGCUGGUGAUCUUUUUCAUAACCAAAUAUAGUGACGAUGAAUCUGUUAAUGGAGAAACCACCGGAGCCUUGGGAUCUGGAAAAUUUUACGAUAUUGAUAAAAUAGGAGAAUCCAUAAGGGAUUAUAUUGAUCCGAAAUUAAUGGAAGAAAACUUGGAGUAUUUAUCUCUGAUGCCCCAUAUUACGGGGACUAAAGGUGAUUUGGCAUUAGCCACUUAUAUUCAAAAAUAUAUGAAAAAUAAUGGUGUUCGGGUGCUUGAUUUCAAUGAAGUCCAAAGUUUCUUGAAUUACCCCAAUGCUCAAGAUACUUAUUUAAAAUUGGCUGAUGAUUCGUGGAAAGCUACUCUUUAUGAACAGGGGAACUCAAAUGAUAUGCAGUAUCUCGCUUAUAAUCCUGACUCGUUAAACACAAAUGAAGAAGUAGAAGCCGAAUAUGUUUAUGUUCAUUACGGAAGUGAAAUGGACUUUAAAGCUGUGGCAGAAAAGGGCAUUAGUUUGGAAAACAAAAUAGUCUUGAUCAGAUAUGGAGGUAGUGGAGAGAGUUCCCAACCUGAACUGAAUAAGAUAUUGUGGGCUCAAAAAUAUAAAGCUAAAGCAGUUGUUUUUAUAUCCCCUCCUGUAAAGUUGGGUUCAUUAGAAGUGGAUGAUAUGAUUCAAAAUUUGAAUGUUGCAUUAACAAGAAGAUGUGCUGGUGAUAUCCUUACUCCUGGUUGGUCAUCUGAAGAUGGAUAUGUUACCAGGCUACCAUGGUUUAAAUCUGAUAUCACUCCCAAAAUACCUUCUAUACCUAUUUCCUGGAAAGAUGGGUCCUUUUUGAUUGAUAAGUUGAAAGAUAAAGGUGUUAAAUUUGACAAUGCUGUGUUCUCAGGUGAUGGCUCUUCAACUAAGAAGUUAAAAUUGAAGAUUGUAACCGAUACAAGAGCAACUCACCAAAUUUGGAAUAUUAUUGGGACUAUUGAAGGACGUGAACAAUCUGGGUUAGGUAUAAUAAUUGGUUCAUCAAGAGAUUCUACUUGUUAUGGAACAAUGGAAGGGAAUACAGGAAGUGUCAUUAUGUUAGAAAUGGUUAAGAUCUUCACUGCUUUACAAAGAGAGCACAAUUGGUCACCUUCAAGAUCAAUCCAUUUUGUUUCAUUUGAUGCAACAAAUUACAAUUUAGCAGGGUCAUCUGAAUGGAUAGAGAACAAGAAGGAACGUUUUAAAAAGGAAGGAUAUAUUUAUAUUGAUCUUAAUGAUGCGAUUUCUGGGGAUGAUUUACAAAUUCAAGCACAUCCUGUUCUACAUGAUAUCAUAAGAUAUGCCUUAGCUAAGGUUAAGGCUCAACAUACAGCAUCAGACAAUAAAGAAAAACAAGAUAUUACGUUACAUGAUUUAUACAAGAAUCAGAAUAAUGGGCAGGACCCGAUUUCAUAUAAUAUGGUUGAAUUGAAGAAUUAUAUACCAUUUAUUAACUUGAUCAAUGUUCCGUCAAUAGAAAUCAAGUAUGGAGGAUUACAAUACCCCAAGGGUUCAUGUUAUGAUAGUUUUGAUAAUUUCAAGAGAAUGAAUGUUGAUAAGUCUUUCAAGAAGCAUCAGGAAUUGGUGGAAUUGCACUGUUACAUAGCUCUAGCAUUAGCUGAGAAAUCACUUAUACCGUAUGAUUUCAAUUCGUUGGUUAAUUUCCUUCAUAAGAGUGUUGAUGAUUUAGAAAGUUACGCUAAAGACGUCAGUGGUAAUAAGUUUCAAUUAGACACUAACGGGCUAAGGAAGGCUCUAGAAAUAUUAAGAGGUAGUGGGACUCACUUUCAAACUUGGUUAACUGAAUGGACAGAAUUCGUUAAGGAUUCCCCUGAACCUUCUUAUUUGGCCAUACGUCGUUAUAAAUGGAAUGACAAUUUGGUACUUUUCAAUAGCAUGUUUGUUCCUAGCGAUCCUAAGCCAAAGAGAGAAGGCUAUUUCAAUAUACUAUUUGGUACACCUUUUAUGUCACCUGCUACUAAUGAAGGUAUCAAGUACAAUUGGAACACAUUUCCUUCUGUUAGAGAUGGAAUUUACGUUGGAGAUUAUAAGUUUGCUCAAGAGGAAUGUAAUAAGUUGGCUAAUGUGAUUAUUUCUGCAUCAUCGGUCUUACUGGACCAGAUUUAUUAA